AUGGCGGCCGACUUUGCCCAGGUGCUGGCCGAGAUCGGGGGCUUCGGCCGCUUCCAGGUCCGGCUGCUCGUCCUCCUGGCCAUCCCCAGCUUCCUGUCCGCCUACUACAUGUUUGCUCAGGUCUUCAUGGUCCUGGACGAGCCCCACCACUGCGUUCCUGCUCGCUGGCUCGAGAGCUUCGGCUCCAACCUGACGGCCGAGAUGAGGCGGAACCUGAGCAUCCCCAGGACGGACGCCGGAGAGCUGGCGUCGUGCCUCGUGUACGCGCCUCCGCCGGCCGGCUGGAGCCUCCAUGACGUCCUGCGCUACGGCCUCAACGACACGCAGCCUUGCCGGGAGGGCUGGGAGUACCCGGAGAAGACGACGCUGACCCUGGAGAACGAGGCGCAGGCUCCGUCCUCGCAGGGCCCUGACGCCAUCCCAGGACUCUCUGCUCUCCCCGCUGCCCCUGGAGAUAAAGAAGCCGAAGCUCACCAGCAGGAUGCCGAGACCUCGGGAGGGGGAUGGACGCUGCAAGGGGGCCAGUUGGGCGGAACCCAGAACGGAACGGGAGCCCAGUCUGCCGGGAUCGUGGAGGGCUUCGGAGCGAGGCCGGAGGAGGGGAGCGUCUCGGGCCGUCGCCGGGGCGGAGACCCGGAGGACGACCCUGAAAGGCGGGAUGAGGACGAGGGGCCGGACAAGUUGGAGAACGAAAGGGCGAUGCCCGGUUCUGACGCUUGCCGUGUGCUCUUGGACCAGUCAGCCUUCCGGCGCCUCGAUACAACCCGCAAACCCCAGAAGGGGGGCCCCGUCCUGCCCUCAGGGAGCUUCCCUUUGGGAGGGGAACAGGAGGGAGGCCCGGAGGGGUCCCCCAGUGCACCCUCCCUGUGCGGGUCACGGAGACAGCAGGGGAGCCCAGCGGGCAGUGCCAGGUGGCGAUCCCAGCCUCGCUGGAGGCGUUGUGUUGGCUCUGACGAUGACGUGUGGGAAGCCCGCGAGCGCUUCCUCGAGCACGGCUGCCUUCUAGUGGACGCCCCAAACCUCUCCAAGCGCCCUUCGCUCGGGGACCCCCGCCAGCUGCCUCGGAGCCAGCUCUCGGGCACUCGGGCCGGCCGUGUCCCUCCUCUCGUCUCCCACAUCCAGGGAGGCUUCUCCCCCUCCUCACCGGCCCUCGUUUCGCCCACCAGACAUGGUGUCUCCUUCCUAGAACAUCAGCCCCCCCCACAUCGGGGGCUCCCGCUUUUGUUUCCCCCACACGGGCGAGGACCAAUAAGGCUCGUCCGUUCACUGACCCGGCCUUCGGCGUGGAGGAUGCCACAGUCCUGUGGGGAAGGAGGGGCAGUCAGAGAAGCAAAGGAUGCCGCAGGGCCACAGUGGACAACUCCGGCCUGCAGCGGGGCCCUGGCGCGCCGGCGCCGCGUGGACUCAUGGAUGAGCAGGCCCAGACGAGAUCAAAGGCCCGCAGCCCGGGGGGCCUCCCGGCAUCUGCCCGGCGACCAGCCCCAGCAGAGGCGACGAGGGGGCGACGAGCCCUGUGACGUGGGCCCAGCGAUCGAGGGAGCCCGACGGGAGGGACGGCUGAAUCCGGAGACCACAGCUGUGCCGGGAGAGCUCGCUUGGGCCCACAGGUCUUGUGACUUAAUUAUUAACAAUCUGUCUUGUUUUGACAUGGUUGCUUGCAUGCUGUCUCCCACAUUAGAAGCCACAGAGUGGAUCAGUGCCGCCAAACGGACUCAGGCUGUGGUCAUCUCCCAGUGCUUCUUCUCAUUGGGGCAGAUGGCCUUGGCUGGCCUGGCCUAUGGGAUUCGCCACUGGAGGCUCUUCCAGAUUGUGGGCACCUCCCCCAUCUUACUGCUGUUCUUCUAUUGGUGGGUGCUGCCUGAAUCUGCGAGGUGGCUUCUGACCCAAGACAGAGUGGAGGAGGCCAAAGAACUGGUCCAGAAGGCGGCGGCGAUGAAUAAGCGCAGCGUGUCUCCCGAGACCCUCAACCAGCUGGCUUCAGAGAAGACGGCACCCAAAGGAAAUGUUCUGGACCUGUUCCGGCACCCUCGGCUCCGGAAGGUGACGCUUAUUCUGUUCUGCGUCUGGUUUGCCGACAGCCUUGGCUACUACGGCCUGGGCCUCAACGUGGGAGGCUUUGGCCUGGACAUCUACUUGACGCAGCUGAUUUUCGGGUUGGUAGAAGUGCCUGCCCGCUUGUCCAGCAGCUUCAUGAUGGAAAAGUUUGGCAGGAAGAAGAGCCAGAUGGGGAUGCUGAUCAUGGGCGGCCUCAUGUCCCUCAUUAUCAUCUUCAUCCCUUCAAAUUAUCCCACCAUCAGUACAGUGCUGGCCGUGGUUGGGAAGUUUGCCACAGCUGCAGCGUUCACCAUCUCCUACGUGUACUCUGCAGAGCUCUUCCCCACCGUCAUCAGGCAAACAGGAAUGGGCAUAGUGGCCAUCUUCUCCCGGAUCGCCGGCAUCCUCACACCUCUGGUGAGCCUCCUUGGGGACCACCAUCCUGCCAUCCCUUUGGCCAUCUAUGGGACCUUACCAGCCCUCGUCGGGAUCCUCUGUAUAAUGCUUCCUGAAACCAAAGGAAAGACUCUACCAGACAACAUAGAUGACUCGAAGUCAGGCUCCCCCAGAGAGCCCCAGAAUCCAGAGCCUCACCCUACUGAAAAAGGACUGGCGCCAGCCCAGGAGAAUGCCAGUGUGGGCUAUCCUCACACCACCUACUUCUGAGGAGCCAGGGGCCCAGUGGCAGGCAGAAAUGCCACCAUCUUCUGUCCUGUGGAGCUGGCAGAAAUGCCACCAUCUUCUGCCCUGUGGGGUUGGACACUUGGGCUCUUCUCACUCCAGACCCAUCCUCAAUGGAAGGGACAUCACUCCAAGCCCGGCUUCCUCAGCCUCCUGCAGCCAAGGGCUCCUGGCCAUCUCACCCCUUGGAUCCUGGAAUGACAAUCCAAUGCAUCUCUUAGCAGCUCCUUCUAGCUGUUCCCAUCAAGGACCCUUCAUCUCCAGUCCCCUGGUCUUUGCAUUGACAGUCCUCCAUGUACUCCUCUCCUCCUCUUGGAGGCCCCAGUUUUCUCCCAUAUAAAGCUCAGUGCAGGACUCAAGGCAGACACUUUUCUGGUUCCCAGCUUUCCAUGUUAUGCCCCUGCCCCCAAUAAAAUGAAAACUCCUUGAGGACAGGCUCUUGCUUUUAUACCACCAGCUCCUAGCAAAGGA